AUGGAACAAAAUGCAAGAAGCUUGAAGGCAAUGAAGAUGGGUGAAAAGCAAUAUUACACCCUUGUGCUUAUAAAAAAACUCUUCAAACAUCUUCUGCUGUCCAUGACCAUUGGUAUCUUGUAUGAUAUUGCAUGUCAGCUUGAUCAUCAGUGGCCUUGUCAACUGGUUUAUCACCCUCACAAAUGCGAAGGGUUCAGACUCUCUGAUGGAGAGGGCUGCAAGCGCUUGUGGAGUGCUCUCAAGCUCUUGAUUCCCCCCUUGCAUGUGUCUGGGUACCACCAAUGUCUUUUCAUCCUCAAUGUGCAAGUUUGGCACCUCAAUAAAAAAAAUCUCAAUACCUUUGGCAAGUGGCUGAGUCACAGAUGGACUUGUUGCCAGACAAAGAAGAGCGAUGCAGGAAGAUGCACUACAACAACUAUCUGUGGAUGA